GGCGCACACACACAGAGAGGGAAAUUAACAGAGAGAGAAAGUAAGCGGAGGAGACUCGGAGUCCAUGCGCUCUGUCUGUCUGUGUGUCUGACUGUCCGGAUCUGCCGACGCGCUACCGGCUGCUCUUAUUGUCUUUAUAAUUUAGAAGUCUGAAUCCACGUGAGAAGAAGCUGAAGAAGAAACUUUUUUUUUUUUUUUUUUGAACAGUUACUUAAGUAGUGUUGCUUUUCGGUCGAGCACGGGGAAGAAACAUUUCUUCACCGCCUGCAAGUAAGAGAGGCGCAGUGACUGAAAGAGAGAAGGGAAAGUCAUGUUUUAAGUCAUCGCAGCAGUAUGGGUCAUACCAUACAUCCCUGCCUUCUCUGUUGCCGAAUGAUGGUGUCAAGAGGUCAGGAUUUCCCUCUGUUGUCUGGGAAUUCCUUGUUACUUCCAUACUGAGCUGGCAUAUUUAUUUCAACAAGUUAAACAUGAACAAAAACAUGCUCUCAAACGGAUCAUGUACCAAUGCCACCUGCAAUGAAACUCUCACCGUGAAUGGGCAAAGCAAGCCAGCAACGAGCAUCAUCAUGUUUCUGGCCGGUGUGGUGGGGAACCUCCUGGCUCUCUUCAUCCUCGGGGUGCACCAGAAGGAGCAUCGCUCCAGGUCCUCGGUCUUCUGCAUCCUGGUGACCGGCCUGGCCCUCACUGACCUGCUGGGCACCUGCCUCCUCAGCCCAUCUGUGUUCAUCUCCUACGCCCGCAACAUGUCCCUGAUAAGUCUGGGCGGCGAAAGACUGUGCAACCUCUUCGGCUUCGCUAUGAGUUUCUUCGGCCUGGCACCCACGCUCAUCCUGUGCGCUAUGGCCGUGGAGCGUUGCCUGGCCAUCAGCCACCCUUACUUUUACUCUGUACACAUUCGCCGUAGGUUUGCCAAAUUCGCUCUUUUCUUUAUUUACCUGUUCUCUUUGGCCUUCUGCCUCCUGCCAUACGCUGGCUACGGCAAAUUCAGACAGUAUUGCCCCGGGACGUGGUGCUUCAUUGACAUGGAUGCAACAGGGGAUGACCAGGCCAACUUGGUACGGGCCUUCUCCCUGUCCUACUCUUCCCUCAUGGCACUGCUGAUCUUGGCUGUGUUUGUGUGCAACGGCUCAGUGAUUAUGAGCCUGUGCCAGAUGCACCGGAGCCAGAUGCUGCGGCGCGGUUCGGUCGUCUCCACAGGCAAGAGGAGGAAGCUGAGCCUGGCCUGGUUCGGACGUGGGGAAGAGGAGAUGGAUCACCUGGUGCUACUGGCGCUCAUCACUGUCAUCUUUGUGGUCUGCUCCCUGCCGCUCACCAUCGCAGGUUUCAUCAACUCCAUCCAUCCAUUUUGUGGUGACGCAGAGAACCUGACAGCCUUCCGCUUCUACGCCAUCAACCCCAUCGUGGAUCCCUGGGUCUUCAUCAUCUGCCGCAAGUCUGUGUUUCGCCACCUUUACUCUCUGCUGAGCUGCCGCUUCAGCAAAGGAGCCGUGAAGACGACGGCGCAUUGCGCUCUCUCUUUGCCCCUUGACGCUCACAUACAGCACAACCCUCCAGAUGUGACAGCUCAACAGACCAUCAUGUACCCCAGUUUACCUCUGUGAUCCAACAGAAUCUGUGCAGGCUCACCGGAGACUGGGAGGACGAUGGAGAAAAAUUAACAUUUGCAUACAGGAUUCCUCCGCUCAGCGCUUUAAGGCACAAAGACCUUGACAAAGAAGUGUCUGUCACGAUGAAAAUCUUUCAUAUGACUGUCACAGUUUCCUUAUGAACUAAUUUUGGGGAAAAAAAUUAUUGCACUAAGUCUUAAGCUGUUUAAAAGUGGUGCCAUAAAGCAAACAGCGCUGUACUUUAGCACUAUGGACUGCUUUAACCAUAUUGUGGCUAUGAAUAAUAUCCUGUAAGAUCAGAAUAGAUGCACUCUGGUGAAGCUACAGCAGGAAACAAUAUACCUGAAUGUAUGCUGUGUUUUCUCUUAGCCUUUUCUUCAAGACACUGCCAGAUUAAUGAGUUGUCCACGUCUCCGGUAUCUAUGACAUGAGAUGCAGCUCAUACUCAACAUGAAGACCAUUAUUUUAGUUUUAAUUUAUUAAUUUCAUUUCCCUGUUAAUGUACCAUCUGACCAGAGUUGAAAGGACGAUGGAAAACAAACGCUUAUUUUAUUUGAAGAGAAGUCACUUGAAUGUCACUUGUCACUUGAAUGAAGUAACAGAUGUACUAGAGGUGGGUUUUCCAGACAAGAUGCAGGGAAAAUCUGAACAUAAACCAUUAGCAGAACACUCAGUCAUGUCUCCACAUGACUAAAAGCCUGCAGCCAUGCUAGCUGUGGCCUUAAGGCCCUGGCACUUUGAGCUAAACGCUGAUGUCAGCAUGCUAACAUACUCACCAUCUUGUUUAGCAUGUCUCUGUGAUGAUUUGCCAACUAACACCAAGCUUAGACUCGAUUCAUGUCAGAAUUUGGACAUUGUGAUGGUGAUGAAUAAAAAAAGUUACCAAAUGUACUACCAUUCAUCCUCUUAGCGCUGGAGAACCAUCUCAUAUUUGUUAAGAUAGAACGACGGCACUAGCGUAGGUAAAAAUGUGGUUUUCUAAAACACAAGUCUUGAGUUUGGAUUACUUAUAUACUUAGUUGCAAUCGAGUGCAAGUCUGCUUUCAGCUGUCAUGCAUUUGCAUUGUACCUGUGCAAAUUAAUGCUGGCGCUGAGAGGCAUAAUUAUGAACAUUUAAUAUAUGUACCAGAACAAUACAAUUGCAUCUUUUUGGUUGUUGUGUUCUGUUGGUCAAACCUCAACAAAUGAAAAGUAAAAGUAUGAAAUUCACUUUAGUUUAGUCUAAAGUUAAGGGAUUAAUCUGAAGUUAAACUUGGAUUUUUGGAAAUUUAAUUCUUCUUACCAAGAAACCAGACCCAAGAUUAAUCCAAGACUAGACUAAAGGUUUUAUAGACCACUUUAGUCUCAAACUAGGCUUAAUUCCUGCUCUUGUCCAGAUGAUAAUCUCAUCGUGUUGCAUGACUUUUGAUUUGAUUCAAGCCCUUGUUCUUAUAUGAUGAUUAUCUGUGAAUGUUCUUUCAAGAGUCUCUUUGCAUUUGAAAAACUCUGCUGCUGCAAAAUUCACUGUGAGACUAUGAGAAAGUCUUUUGUUGUUGUGACUUCAGGUUGUAAGUGCAUUUAAAUAUAGUGUAAUUAUGCCUUAUACACUGUGCUAUAAUGUAUAUCUUUACAGUUGUGUUGGUUUGGUUUAUAUAUAUAUAUAUAUAUGUAUAUGUAUUUUUGGUUGUGUUGCACAUUCACUUUUUGCUUCAUAGUCUUCAGUCACAUAUGACCACAGGUAAACCACUUGCACAUUUGAUCUUUGAGGGUUUAAGUAUUCCAUUAAAUUGAAUGAAAAAAUACAUUUUCAGAAAAUGGUAUUCAAUAUAUGGUACACAUUUUGUUCAUGUGAAAUAAAGUGUUAACAAAAGA